GUGCUUCUUCCUCGGAAACGAUGCAUUGAUGAGAAAAGUACGUGGCGAAUGCUAGCCAGUCAGAGCACUUUGAUACAUCAAUUGUCUGUGUGCAUAGAUAUGAAAUGGAUGCCCUUGAUUAUUGGGCCCAGAAAUUGUGGCAAGCGUUCGGCUCUAGAAUGUCUAGCACAAAUUUGUGGUGUUGAGCUUCAUACCAUUGUGCUCACUCCCGAGACGGAUGCACAGGAACUCAUCGGUUCAUAUGAGCAGGUAAUCGAUGAUUCUGCUCUCAACGAUGCUAAAACGACUUUGUGUAGCCUCUUGAAACAUCACGUUGACGAAGCUGUACUGAAGAAAUUAAACGAUGCUGACGAUGUGACACAGUUGGAGAUGAUAGCCGAAAUUGAACUCGUUGAUAUGAAGGAAAGCAACGGUAGUGUGGUUGAUGAGUGUCGUGAAGUGCUGGCUCAUGCUGCCCGAUCUGCAAUGCGAUUCGACUGGAUCGACAGCUUGUUUGUACGUGCGUACCUGGACGGUCAUUGGUUGCUGAUAGAAGAUGUGAACCUGUGCAGUGCUGCUGUAUUGGAUCGCCUCAAUAGUUGCCUAGAAAGCGAUGGUCGUCUUGUUGUAUCAGAACGCCAAUCAUCAUACGAGCCACUGGAGCCACAUCCUAAUUUUAGAGUUUUUCUCUCAAUGGACAGUCGUAAUGGCGAAAUCUCACGAGCGAUGCGAAAUCGUAGCGUAGAAAUAUUUGUAGAGAAAGCACAGCAGUGGAAUGCUAAUCCUCCAGACAUUGCUGCUGUUGUUCAUCAAAAUGGGAAAUCUAUACCUUAUAAGGUUUUGGAUGCAUUGUCUUCGCUAUCAGCCGAAAAACAAUUGCACUUCUCCGCUCUUCUAAGCGAAAUUUCGCUUGAAGAGGCGUGCCGCAUAGUUGGUAUACCGUGUUCGACAAUGGAUGAUGACGGAAUACAGAACUGUUCAAUCGCCCCAUUCAUAUGA